CACUUUUCAAACUAACAAAGAAUAAGACCUACAUAAGUGAUUAUAUAUUUACAAUGAUGUUUCUAAGUUCCACGGCUCUCCUGCUGGUGUCAGCUUUGCUCGUCACGGCGCAGCCCACUGAGACGCAACCCACAUAUGACAUCGCUAGUGCACUAGCAUUUGCUGAGGAAAUGGGCUGGGAUCUAGGGGAUGUAACUUCUGAGGAUCUAUCGGAAGAGACAGUGCCAUACACAUUGCCUGACGGUUCAUCCGCUAACGGUAUACUCGUCACACCUAUCAAUGGAGCGACCACUGGAAAUUUAGUCGUGAUUCUUGCUGACUGGGAUGGCGUAGGUAGUUUUGAGGUAGCCAAUGCCGUUCGUUUGGCCGCAUUGGGUAAUGCGGCAUUUGUUGCUGACACAUACGGUUCCGAGCAAGCACAAGGUGAGGAUGCGGAGCUUAGUAAUGAGAUCAAGGGCUCACUCGCUGGAAGUUUGAAAUCUAAUGCAGAAAAUUACAGAGAAAUCAUAUCAUCGGCAAUCGCCACGGCACAAUCAACGGAAGGUACGCCUUACGAGGAUGUUGCGAUAUUUGGAUAUUGUCUUGGUGGUGGUGGGGUCAUGGAGUAUGCUAGAAACGAUCCUGCGAAGAUCGAGGCAGAGGGCGUUACGCUAAUGGUAGCUUUCCAUCCAGGGGCUACCACUUCCACGGAUGAUUCUAGUAUUACUACAUCGUCGGAGAACGGUUUCAUGGCAACUUUGCUGUUGAACCAAGGUACCGCUGAUGCAGGCGCGGUCUCUGCAGACCAGGUGGAAUCGGUGAAGGGUGAAUUAGAUGGAGCAGAAUCGUGGUUACUGUCUGCUGCCACGUACUAUACUGGUGCUCUGCACGGGUUUACUCAACCAGGUGCCAGUUAUAACGAGUUUGCUGCUGAAAUGAGUUGGGCAAACGCAAUAUAUGCACUAGGCUCUGGAGUAGAGGAAGAUACUGAGAUGGUUGCGUCAGAAACUGAAAGUGUACCAACAGAUGCCGUAGUCACCCCAUCUGCAGACGACGAGACAGGCGCAUCAGAUGCGGUAGUGUCAGAUGUAUCUAUGUAAAACUUAGAGGCAAAGAUGUUUUAUGUCUUUUUGGUUGGGAUCGGAGGUUGAGGAGAUUCAAUAAUAAUAAAGUGCCUACAUGGAG